ACACGCAAUGCACAAUAUGCCACGGUACGGUGUUGUACGGCACGAGCAAGAGAAGUAGAAGCAGACUCCGGUAGACAGCGUCCGGGCAAUCCCACCGGCAGUAACCAGUAGUGUCCAAGUGGCCAAGUCGUCGGCAAUAUAACACAUCACAGACUUAAACCAUACCAUCAACCACGAGGCCAAAGAGUAACCUGGGUUUAUUUAUAAUCAUUAUCAUUACAAUCGCGUCAUCAUCCAGUUUGUCUAGUUGUCAUACGAUUUAUAACGAUUUAAACUUGGUCACUUGUUAACUUGUGUUUAUUACGAACAAACUAUCUGGAUUACUAGUUAACACAUAGUUUAGUUAUAAUGACUAAUAACAACGUAACUAAGGAUUUAAAUCCACCUCAACAGCCGCAGCAGCAACAACAACAACAACAACAGAAAUCACUAACUGAAGAUGUACUAUCAUGGAAAUCAAUGAGCGUACGGCAAAAGUGUAACUUUCUCUUCAGUAAUAUAACAGUUGAACCGAUGGUCGCGUGUUACAUAAUGCCUAGUGUCCUUGCUUCCCUUGCUACGCAAAAUCUUAAUUUAGAAAAGGCAUGCAGGGUUAAUUUGGCUUAUUCAGACGACAUUUGUUCAGCUUUAGCAGCAAGAAAUACCACUGUGUACAGGGAAGAGGAAGCUGCUGUACAACAACUUGUUGCAGGAAUGCAGACCUGGAAGUUGGCGUUACAAAGCGGAUUACCGUCACUACUGAUCCUCUUCUUGGGUGCUUGGAGUGAUCGUACUGGACACAGAAAACCCUGUAUGCUAUUGCCGAUUGUCGGAGAAUUUCUUACCAGUGUUAGUUUACUUGCUUGUACUUACUGGUUUUAUGAGCUUCCAAUGGAGGCUGCGGCAUUAGCUGAAGCGUUUUGGCCGGCUGUUACUGGAGGGUGGUUUACAAUGUUGAUGGCGGUAUUUAGUUAUGUUGGUGAUAUCACAACUGUUGAAUCACGAACACUUAGAAUUGGUACUGUUAACGUAUUUUUGUCUAUUGGAAUACCUAUUGGAAUGUCACUCUCAGGUAUUUUAUAUAUGAAAAUUGGAUUCUAUGGUGUAUUUGCUAUUUCUACGGUGUGUUACAUAUUAAGCUUUAUUUACGGCGUCGUUGUUGUUAAAGAGGCACCACGGCCACCGAACUUUAUUCCACCAGAAAAAACCGCGAAAAUGUCUGUUUGUGCCAGAGUUGUUGAUUUUUUUGCUUUUCGACAUAUUUCCGAGACAUUCAGAGUUGCUUUUAAAGAGGACGCUAAUAAUAGACAACGAAGAAUCUGUGUUUUAAUGAUUGUUGUCAUGGUUGUUGUUGGACCCAUGUAUGGUGAGAUGGCUGUAAUGUAUCUUUUCACACGUUAUCGUUUCAACUGGAAUGAAUUAAAAUUCAGUAUGUUUUACACAUACAGUAUGGUUACUAAUUUAAUUGGUACGAUGAUGUCUGUAGGAAUAUUUAGUCAUUUUUUAAAAAUAGACGAUGCAUUGGUGGGUCUAAUGAGUUGUAUGAGUAAAAUCUUAGCUAGUUUUGUUUAUGCAUUUGCCGCUGAAGACUGGGUAAUUUAUUUAGCUCCCUUGGUAGAAAUAAUAAAUGGAACAUCAUUCAUUGCAAUGCGGUCCAUAGCAUCGAAAUUAGUUCCAACAGACGAGCUUGGUAAAGUUAAUUCACUCUUUGGAGUAUGUGAGUCACUGAUGCCUCUAGUUUACGGUCCAAUAUAUAGUUCAGUAUAUGCAGCUACGAUGAAUACCCUUCCAGGAACUUUUUUUUUACUUGGAGGUGGUUUAACAAUCCCCGCUGUUAUUUCUUUCUUGUGGCUGUACUUUGAGAGCAGAAGGGAUCGAGCAUUAAUGGAGCUCGAAUUGAGGAAGGAGAAGUUUGGUAAAAUUGAAGAACUGGGUGAUAAGAGUAUCAAGAUGAUUAUUAAUAAAGAUUUUCAUAAAAAAAAUCCAAAUAGUAAUAAACAUAUUGAAGCUGGUUUUGAUAAUCCUACUUUUCUUUCCGAGCAUUUAUAAACGAUUUUUUUUUUUUAUUUCAUUGAAGUCAUUUUUAAAAAGUAAACAUUUUAUUAUAUCGUACUAUUUACCAUAUAAGACCACAAAAAAUAAGUAAUAAUGACUGGUUAUUAAAUAUAAAAAAAAAUAUAUAUUUUUUCAAGAAACAAUGAAAUUAUUUAUAUUUUUAUUAUAUUUAAAAUACGUCAAUACUUUGGUGAUGUUAAAUUUAUAAAAUUUAUAGCAGCAAACAAAAGAUGAAAAACCCAUAUGUUUAAUAUAAAAAACGAAAAAAGUAUAUAAUAUAUAUUAGAUGUAGUUAUAUUAUUUUUAAAAAUUUAUAAAAAAAGAUAUAUAUGUAUAUUGUAGUCCAAUGGAUAAUAAUUUGUUUAGUAUAAAAAUUUUGGUACUUAAGUUAUUGAACAAGUUGUUAAGAGAUAACAGCUGUUACGGCGUUACUCAAUUAACGAUGUAAAAAAAUGAAAUAGAUCAGGAUAAACUGAUCAAAAUAUUAUCAGUAUUAUUACUAUUAUUACUAUAAUGUUUAAUAAAAUAAUGUUAACAUUGAAGAGUAAAAAUUUUUUACGAAUUUGUAGAUAAAAAAUAAUAUUUGAGUAGUUAAAUGUUAAAAAAAAAAAAAAAAAAUUUAUUAUUGUUAAGAAAUUUAUUUAAUUUAAGUAAUCAAUUGAUCAUUAAAUACUAUUUUUUUGUGAUAUAGUCUUACAUAAUGGACUUUAUUAUAUAAGUUUCAUUGAUGAUCUAUGUAUUCCACCGUAUAAAAUAUAUUAUAAUAAAAUUA